AUGGAUAUGCUUAAUGAACAUAAUUGUGUAGCCAAGGCAUUUCGUAUGGCACGCGAUUGGUGUUCAGCAAAUGAAGAUCAUCCAUGCGAAUUACGUUUGCUUGCACAGAGAUCCACUUUACGACAAUAUAGCACCCCAAAUGUUUCUGAAAUUGCUGCCUUGGUAACUAACGAUUUUGGGGUGAGUUCUGAGCCUCGAGAUAUUGUAGUCAGCACCACUAACGGGUUCCUACAAAGAAUCUCAGAAUUGCAUCCACUAUACAUGGCCUUACAAUAUCCGUUGCUUUUUCCUUAUGGUGAAUCUGGAUAUCAUGAAGCAAUCCCAUAUUUCUCAAACACUGGUAGGAGGAAAACAAAGAGGACAUGCUUGACAAUGCGAGAGUUCUAUUGUUACAGAAUUCAUUAUCGACCUAAUGAAGGAACAACUUUGUUAAGAGGCGGCCGUCUCUGUCAACAAUACUUGGUGGAUUCUUAUACUGCAGUUGAAGAACAACGACUCCGAUACGUUAGGACUCAUCAAACUGAACUUAGGGUAGAACUAUAUGACAGUGUGUGUGACGCCGUCACACGCGGUGACACAAACGCAAAGGCACUUGGUCAACGAAUAGUUUUACCCGCGAGUUUCACAGGAAGCCCCAGGUAUAUGGUGCAAAAUUAUCAGGACGCCAUGGCCCUAUGCAGGAAAUUUGGAAACCCGGAUCUGUUCAUAACCUUUACCGCAAAUCCCAAAUGGCCCGAAGUUGGCCAUAUGUUAUCAUUCAUUCCGGGACAGAAGUCUCAUGAUCGUGCAGAAGAUGUGGGUCGUGUGUUUAAAAUGAAACUCGACGACAUGAUGUAUGAUAUCAUGAAGAACAAUGUUUUUGGGCAGGCCUUGGCAGGUGUGUACACAAUCGAGUUCCAGAAGCGUGGACUCCCACAUGCUCAUAUUCUAAUAUGGCUAGACGAAAAGGCAAAAUGCAAAACCCCGGCUGAUAUAGAUGACAUAAUUUCUGCGGAGAUCCCUUUGGAAUCUAUUGAUCCAAGAGGAUAUAAGGCUGUGACUGAUUACAUGCUACAUGGACCGUGCGGCCCGGACGCUAAAGAUGCGUCAUGUAUGAACAUGGGGAAGUGCAUGAAACAUUUCCCAAAACCAUUUUAUCAGGAAACAACAAUCGAUGAAGAUGGCUAUGCUGUUUAUCGUAGAAGGAAGACGAACAAUACUGUCUUAAAAUACAAAAUCCCCCUUGAUAACCGAUUUGUAGUCCUAUACAAUAGAUACUUGCUCCUCAAAUAUGAUGCACACAUAAAUGUCGAGUGGUGCAACAGAUCCAAGGCAAUAAAAUACUUAUUCAAGUAUUUAAACAAAGGUCCCGAUAGAGCGACAAUUGUUUUUCAUGAUAAUCUGAAGGAAGAUGGCAAAACACAGUCCACAAUUAUUACCAAGGUUGAUAAAGUCAAGAAUUACCUCGAUUGCCGUUAUUUAUCACCAUGUGAGGCAGUGUGGCAUUUGUUUGCACUUGACAUACACUACUGUAAACCAUCAGUGGUAAAACUAACCUACCACCUUCCUGAAAAACACACCCUCACACUACGCGACUCGGAAAGCCUACCUGCUUUACUUAGGAGGCCAGGAAUCAAGGAUACAAUGUUCACCAAAUGGUUUGAGCUGAACAGGAGAGAGAAGCACGCCAGACAAUACAAAUAUUCAGAAAUCCCAGCCGAAUAUGUAUGGGUUAGUAAAGAUAACUAUUGGGAAAAAAGGAGGAGGAGAAAGAACACCGUUGGACGGAUUGUGUACUGCGGUACUAUUUGA